CUUUGAUCGUGUGGAGGUUGAACARCACUUUGGAAAUUAUUCUCAAAUUUUCAAAUGUUUAUUUAUUUGCUAUAUUUCAUCCUUUCUGUUCAAGCCUUGCUUUUUGUCCUGUACUUUGCUGGACUGUGGGAUGUAGUURUAUUUGUYAAGAUUUUAUUUUAUAUUUUGGGACACGUUCUUCGGUCUGCUKUCARCUUCCUGCUUCCAACCUUCAGAAAAUCUCUCAAAGGUGAAYUGGCUUUAGUAACAGGGGCUGCUAGUGGUAUUGGAAGACUUACUGCUUUAAACCUUGCCAAACAAGGCUGUAGACUUGUCCUCUGGGAUGUCAACCUUGAUGCUUUGAGGAYUGUUGCUGAGGAAAUCCAAGCAAUAGGYGCYGAAGUACAYUAUUAUCAUUGUGAUUUAGCCAAGAGAGAAAUGGUGUAUGAUGUGGCUGAGAAAGUUAAGCAAAAUGUUGGUCAUGUUACAUUGUUGAUAAACAAUGCCGGCAUUGUUAGUGGAAAKAAGCUYUUGCUGUGUACCGAUGACCAGAUUACCAGGACGUUCCAAGUGAAUUCCCUUGCACACUACUGGACCAUAAAAUCCUUCCUUCCUGACAUGCUUGCAAGAAACCAUGGUCACAUAGUCUGUAUAGCAUCWGUUGCUGGCCUGUUUGGACUGGUUGGUUGUGUCGAUUAUUGUGGAUCCAAGUUUGCAGUUGUUGGMUUGAUGGAUGCCUUACGGCGUGAAGUUUAUGAGAUGAAAAAGACUGGAAUAAAGUUCACAACAAUUUGCCCUUCUUUUAUAAACACUGGUCUGUUUAAAGGAGUCAARUUAAAAUACCCCUCUCUUCCUGGCUURGGAGUGUUAACCCCUGAAAAUGUUGCAMAGUCAAUUGUGGAUGCCAUACGUACAAACCAAGUCAUGUUGUUGACACCUUGUCUUGCAAAUGUCAGUCUUCUUGCUAAAACGAUCCUACCAACUAAAUCCACAGACAUGCUUCUAGGGUUUCUUGGUGCAGAUACUGCUAUGGACACCUUUGUAGGACAUCACAAGCAAACUUAAUGAUCAAUAAUAGAAUUUUAGAACUGUAUAAACUGGACAAAACAUUCCCUUAAAAAUACCGUACAAGACACCUACCUAUAUAUAUUUUAGGGACAGCUCUAUAUUAGACCCCUCUCUAUUACAUUAUCCUGUACGAUAUUUUGUAAAUAUCUUCUCCCCCUAGAGCAAGCGCAGAAAACCAUGAAAUAAAAUCAAACUAAAUACUAACAAAUAGCGGCUAUCUUUAUUGCGUUCAUUGAUACUGACAAUUUUGUCUCUAGUAAAUAGCCGCUAUUUGUUAGUAUUUAGUUUGAUUUUAUUUCAUGGUUUUCCUGCGUUUGCUCUAAUAUGAAUACGUCAUAUCCCUACAACAGACACAAAUGGAAGACUUAAGAAUAACCUUAAUAUAUAGAAAUUUUUGAGGAAAAAUAAUAUUGAUUAUUUAUUUAAUUUUAAUUAGGAAAUUGUUAUUUUGAACAAUCUUUGUUUUAUGGAAUGUUAUCAUUAUAAUAGGCAUCAAAUUUUAUUACAUGGAUUUUUGAUUUAAUAUUUAAUAAUAAUUUUUAUUUUUAUUUUAUAACUGAUUUUUAAUGUAUCAUACUUUUAGGUGAAUUAUAAUUAUUUUGGGAGGAGCCUCUAGGGAGGGGAUGGGAGGUGGGAGUGGGGGUCCUAGAUCUGCCAUGCAAGCAAUAUUGACUAUUUAUUUGUAGUUUUACAUAAAAUUUURUGUGUAAUAUAUUGAUUUGUUAAAUGAAGAAUAUAGUCUCAACAAUAAACAUUGAACUCAAA